AUGCUGCUGCGUUUUAGCAAUGCAGAGAGGAGGCUUCGGGGAGCCGGGAAGGGAGGGUGGCGGGAAGCGGCUGGAUUAGACCACUUAAGCCGCCGAUACCAAGCUUCUCGUGGAGACCUGGAGAGGGUUGAAGGCCACGCACUGUCUCUGCAUCCUUUGCCUCAUGCUGGGCGGGGAGUCCUGGGAGGCAUCCGGGACCGCAGCCUGACCUCGGCCUACAAGUCCCAGGCUGCUUCGCGGGGCGGCGUCCCUCCCCUCGCGUCCCCCCUCUCCCCUGGGCAGGUCGGUGGGCGGGCGGGCUGGGGCGUAGCGAGGCUGGGGCUCCCCCUUCUCUACACAUUGGGGGGCGGGCAGAAGGGAGGCGGGAGGCCGGGCGGGCCGGCGGCCUGGGGCCGAGCCGCGAAGACGGAGCGGUCGGAGGAGAUGGAGGGCGGCGGCGGGGGUGGGACGGACCCGCGCGGGAGCGGCCCGGCCUCGGGCCCCGGCCCCGGCGGCGGUGGUGGCGGUGGCAGCGGGGUCGGGCUGGCUCGGGAGCUGGGCCGGGCCUUCGCCCACCACCGUCUGUACCUGAAGCGGCUACAGCAGAACCUGAGCGAGACCCAGAAGUUCUUUCGCGACAUCCAGUGCUCCUACGACUGCAGCUUCCCCCAAGGCGGCGGCGGCGGCCCCGAGCAGGGCCCGGUGGCCCACGGCGAUGUCUCCGAGGCCGUCCUGCACGCGGGGCACCUGAGCUGUAUUUCCUUCCCACCUCGUGAAGAAGAGUACCUCCAGUUAAUGGUGAACUGCCUUCCCUGUAUCUUCAUCUUGGGCCAGGACUGUAAUGCAAAGUGUCAGCUGCUGAACAUGUUACUGGGGGAGCGGAUACUGCCCACCACCAAGCAGGGCAGUGAGGACAGCUGUAAGCGACGGCGCCUCCACUUCACUAAUGGGAAUCAGACUCGGGUCAGCCUGGCGCUGCCCGGCCAGUACGAACUAGUGCACCCUCUGGCCUCCCACCAGGGCAAGUGGGAAACCAUUCCUGAGGAGGACUUGGAGGUCCAUGAGGACAGUGAGGACCCUGCCCACAUCUUGGCAGAAUUGGAGGUGACAAUGCACCAUGUUUUAAUACAGGAAGUGGACGUUGUGGUUGUGCCGUGCCGAGGAUUCCAACCCCCAGUGGAUACUCUAGGUGAGUUAGUGAAUGGUGUCCUGCCUGUGGUGAUCUUUGCCAUCAACAAGGAUGCACUCUCAGAAGGAGAUGAGGAAGAACUGAGAGAUAUCCGGGAACGGCUUUCUCUGCCUAUAUUCUUUUUCAAAGUGCCGAAGCUGGGCUCCGAGCUGAUUUCCCCCAACUCUUCCCCCAAGAAAAGAAUGGAGACUGAAAGAUCAUCACUUCAUCGACAGUUAGUUGAUCUGAACUACCUGAAUGAUAGUCACCAUAACUGUGGGACUCCUGGCCUAAAUGCCAAAGUUCAGAGCAUGUUGGUGGAACAGAGUGAUAAGCUAAAACAGUUGAACACAUUCACUCAUCAGGUGCUACAAACGCACCUUGUAGAUGCAGCCACAUUUCUGAACCUGGUACACUGCCGAUGCCUGGAUAUCUUUAUCAACCAGGCCUUUGACAUGCAGCGGGACCUGCAGAUUACUCCAAAGCGGCUUGAGUACACUCGAAAGAAGGAAAAUGAGUUGUAUGAAUCACUGAUGAACAUUGCCAACCGCAAGCAGGAGGAGAUGAAGGAUAUGAUUGUGGAGACUCUCAAUAUCAUGAAGGAAGAACUUCUGGAAGAUGCUGCCAGCAUGGAAUUCAAAGAUGUCAUCAUCCCUGAGAAUGGGGAGCCAGUGGGCACCAGAGAGAUCAAAUGCUGCAUCCGUCAGAUUCAGGAACUUAUCAUCUCUCAGCUUAACCAGGCUGUGGCCAAUAAGCUGAUCAGCUCAGUGGACUACCUUCGUGAGAGCUUUGUGGGAACCCUGGAACGGUGUCUGCAGAGUCUGGAAAAGUCCCAAGAUGUUUCAGUCCAUAUUACUAGUAACUAUCUCAAACAGAUCUUAAAUGCUGCCUAUCACGUUGAAGUUACAUUUCACUCAGGGUCAACAGUAACCAGGAUGCUGUGGGAGCAGAUCAAACAGAUUAUCCAGCGAAUCACAUGGGUAAGUCCGCCUGCUAUUACUCCAGAAUGGAAGAGGAAGGUGGCCCAAGAUGCCAUUGAGAGUCUUAGUGCCUCCAAGCUGGCCAAGAGCAUUUGCAGCCAGUUCCGGACCCGGCUUAACAGCUCUCAUGAGGCAUUUGCAGCCUCCCUUCGGCAGUUGGAAGCUGGUCAUUCAGGCCGGCUAGAGAAAACUGAAGACCUGUGGCUGAAGGUUCGGAAAGAUCAUGCCCCACGCUUGGCCCGUCUUUCCCUGGAGAGCCGCUCCCUGCAGGAUGUCUUGUUGCAUCGUAAACCUAAAUUGGGCCAGGAGCUAGGCCGGGGACAGUAUGGUGUGGUGUACCUGUGUGACAACUGGGGAGGCCAUUUCCCCUGUGCCCUGAAGUCAGUUGUCCCUCCAGAUGAGAAGCACUGGAAUGAUUUGGCAUUGGAAUUUCAUUAUAUGAGGUCUCUGCCCAAGCAUGAGCGUCUGGUGGAUCUUCACGGUUCUGUCAUCGACUACAACUACGGCGGCGGCUCCAGUAUUGCGGUGCUGCUCAUCAUGGAGCGGCUACACCGGGACCUUUACACAGGGCUGAAGGCUGGACUGAUUCUGGAGCUGCGCCUACAGAUAGCCCUGGACGUAGUGGAGGGAAUCCGCUUUCUGCAUAGCCAGGGGCUUGUCCACCGUGACAUCAAACUGAAAAAUGUGCUGCUUGACAAGCAGAACCGAGCCAAGAUCACCGACCUGGGUUUUUGCAAGCCUGAAGCUAUGAUGUCUGGUAGCAUCGUGGGUACCCCAAUCCAUAUGGCCCCAGAGCUCUUCACAGGAAAGUAUGACAAUUCUGUGGAUGUCUAUGCUUUUGGGAUCCUCUUCUGGUAUAUCUGCUCAGGCUCCGUAAAACUCCCUGAAGCAUUCGAAAGGUGUGCCAGCAAGGACCACCUCUGGAACAAUGUGCGCAGAGGAGCCCGUCCAGAACGACUCCCAGUGUUUGAUGAGGAAUGCUGGCAGCUGAUGGAAGCCUGUUGGGAUGGUGAUCCCUCCCGGCGGCCUCUCCUUGGCAUUGUUCAGCCCAUGCUCCAGAGUAUCAUGGACCGGUUGUGCAAGUCAAACUCUGAGCAACCAAGCAGAGGACUGGAUGAUUCUACUUGAAGGCCCUUUCUCUCUCUCAUUCUCCCACCCUCUCUCUUCCUUUCUUUUGUUUUUAAAUUCCCUGGUCAUAGGAAAAACUUGGCAUUGUAUACAUCAUAGGAAGCAUCUGAGGGCACUGUUUAUGGCUGUGUAACUUGAGACAACUUCAAACAGUGGUGACUUCAGUAGGCUGUGAGAAGUUGUUGUCCCACCAUGUUUGUUUGUCCAUUCUGUAUUUACCAAUGAUCCAAGCUGUCCCUUUGAGCAAAAGACUAGUAGUUUAGGUCACAGAAAAAAGCUAAAGAGUGGGAGAUUUGGCCUUCAGAGCCAGAGAAAAUCCCACCUCUUCAUUUCUAAGAUCCAUGAAUUUUUCCAAAGUACUAGAUGGGGUAUUAUGAUGUCAGUAAUAUGAAUAGACAUCAUCUGGCUAACUUUUGUUCUGUCAGGGCAGUUAAUUAGUUUGGUUCCAUCCAGUGGUCAGAAUAGAACCUCAGAAAUGUCAAGUUUAGGUGAUGGAAUUUGGAAAGAGGAAAAGUGAGAGAGGGCCAGAGGGAGAAAGAGAAUUCUAUAGAGAUGUGUUUGGUUCCUGCUGACUGUAACCAGUGCUUCUUGACUGCAGUAGCAUGAAGCCUCGAGUUUGUGUGGCUGUAAAUAAAGUCAGCAGUGCUCUGCAUUGCCAGAUAUGUUUACAUUUGGGGAGACGGUUUUACCCUUAUACCACUUUGGUUUCCCCAAAGAAUCCAUUCAAUGAGUUAUUACUAGUUCUUAUUACUGUUAACCCCAGAUCCUGCAGGUGAGAUCUUGUUCUCUUGGUUUUGAGGCUAGCUUCAGAUAAUAGUGAUACUUGGGGUUGGGUUGGAGGGUUCAUCUGGGUUUAAAAUGUUUGGGUGAGACCCAAGAAAUAAGAAAUACCCUGGAGGUCAUUGGCUCUUAAGGGGGUUACCUGUGUUCAGACCUCCUACAAAGAUAACCAGUUUGUAUUUUUAAAUGUUUGAAAAACAAAUCUUUAUUUUUUGAACUUAACACACUGACAUUUUAAAAUCCUGCUUAUUAUCAGAUGUUUUAACCAAGCUUUCUUCUACUGCUUAUUCUCUUUUAAAUAGCAUUUGCUAGAAGACAGAAUAGCAGAUGAGAAAGGAAAGAGCACGGUAGCAGGUCUGUAAGUGUGCACAGUUACUGCCUGUAUCUGUCUGACUGGGAGGGUCAUUCUUCCCUUUGCAGUUAGUAACGGAACAUAGAAAUGUCCCUGGGGAAUUUUCACACAGAGAAAGGGAAGAGAUCUGGUUCUGGUAUGUGAAGGACUCUAUGGUCACCUCAGUUCUACUUAAAUCUUGGUUUCAAGCUCUUCUGGACCCCAGUCUAUCAGCUACUCAACUCUCUUUUUUAAAUAAGAGUAAAGAAAGGACAGAAUUGACAGGGUUGGUUGGCUGGGACGAGAAGCUCCUGCCUAUCACUCAUUCCCUGUGUCCCAACAGUUGUUAAUCUGCUUUGCUGUGUUCCCAAAGUGUCUGGAACACUUUGCAACCAGGAUCCUUCAGGCUGGAAGUACAAAAAGAACGGUGCAUUUGUUGCUGAAAUUUUCUAGGCAGAAAGAUUGUCUUGACUAUUAACAUACAACAAAAAGAGAGUGUUAGAACUUAGUGUUUGAACUCUGGCCUGAUUGACUCUAGCUAUCCUGAGCAGGGACUGUAGUGCCUAGCACCUCAGAAGUUCCAAUUAUAAUCAAGAACUUUCAGUUGCAAUUGAAGACAUAGUCAACUAUGUAUCUUUGAGUCCUUCGGUAUCACACUUCUUGUAGUAUCACACUAUCUAGUAUAGUUCUUCCUAGUUAGGAAAAUGACUUAGAACUUCAGCAUCUGCUGUUACUCCAGGCUGUUACAUUCUUACCAGUAUUAACUAGUUUUCCUUUUGGGCUCUGCAGGUACCAGCAUCUUUGUGGUAGAGGGAAUCUAAGUCUCCAGUUAGGGAAGGUGAGGGUUUAUAUUUAUUCUCUUGGAAAGUUGAGAAUAUGUAGAAAAAGAUAAUAACACAGACAUUUGUUCUGUGUGGACUUUCAAAAAAGUCUUGUACAGUUUCUGCCUUGUACCUAUGUCCCCUUGCAUUUUAAUCAGUUGUAAUUAGAAGUGAGUUUUAAAAAUAAAUGUCUAGACUGAGUUUAGCAUUCACAACACAGACACCCACAGCCUCUGAUAUCCUUAGCUCAUGGCUACAUUCACACACAUCAGUGUACUCCUCCCCCAUACACCAGAUUUUUUGUUCAACCCAGUAUCUGUUGGUUUGGUCUCUUGAUUGUUUCUUUUCUAGCACACUCCUCUGUGUGUCUGUGUGAGUGUAUGAAUGAAUAUGUAUUAAUAUGUAUGACUCCAUACAUACAUGGUAUAUACCCACAUACCUAUAAAUAUAUACACAUGUACGUAUAUGUACAUAUAUAUGUAUACAUCUUUUUUUUCCUGGGAGCCAGAGUGAGAUUAAGGACAAAAGAAAUCUGAGAAAAGGUGUGCACUGUCCAGGCCAGCCAGUCUUGGAUGCUUGGAGGAUUACUUUAAACACUCAGCAAGUUUACUAUAGGAAUAUGAAUGUUUGCUUUUGUUUUUAUAUUGUCAGGUGUGUUUCCUCAUCCGACAUCACAUCAUUGUUGAGGUGAACGAAUGUCAUGAAUUGUAUUGUACUGUAUUAUACUUUGGGAGACACUAGAUUGUUCAAAUGGUAUCUCUUCCCUACUGCAAUGCAAUGGCCACUCAAGUCUAGAUGAUGGUAUUUUGGCAGGUGUUGUGAAGACUGUUUAUGGCCUUGGGUUACACAAAUACCCAGCCUAGCGAGGACAGUUGUGAUUGGGGGAGGGAAGAGGAACUCAUGGAGAAACGAUCCUUUUCUGUACUCUUUUCUAAAUAAAGUAGCAUAGCUAGUUAGCUUCAGCCUGAGAAGGCUUGCCUGACAUUAAAAGAUCAAGAGUCUUCUAAGUCAGUUCAAAGUAAGGAAUACUAAGAGGUUAGGAAUCUCAACUGAUAAUCUUGCUCUGAUUCCCAGCACAUUCAGACUACUGAAAGUUGAGGAAUGUUUAUGGAAGGUGCUAUACAGGAAUCUCCUUGCUCUCUUGCUCAUAUUACAGAGCAGCCUCCUUCCUCAGUAAACCUACUUCUCUGGAAGCCAGCCUCAUUAGGAAGGCGCCAGCUGUUCAGAGACCAUCCAAAGAUGGAGUCAAUUUCUAAAAUGUUUUUUUCUAGGGAACUAAAUGCUGUUCCCAAAUUAUUUUAAAUUUCAGAACCUUAAAUGUUUGAGGAAUGAGAAUGCCAGACAUAUAAGUUAGAUGAGCCAUAGCUAUUGACUAUAGUAUUCUGUUCUCAGCUACAUUUUGAUGUCUUUGAAUAGGCCAUCAGAGACCAAAUGGACUUCACUGCAGCUUUUAGAAAGGCUUUGAUCCCCUUACAGGUAAAACAGAGAUACAAGUGCAGAAGGGUGGUAGGUGCUCAGCAUCUGAUUGCUGUUAACAGUUUAUAGAACCCAAGGGUUAUCACCUGCACAGAGCAAAACUUCAUUGGCUUAUCAUUUUACACUUAGAAGCAGAAGAGGAACAGUGUUCCUUCUGGAACUUGUGGGAAUAGUGAUGCCCUUGUAAGCCAUUUCUUGGAGACAAUGGGUGUUUAGUAUUUAAUUUGAUUUAGACAUGGUGAUGCCAAAGUCCUGCCUUGUUAGUGUGGGGUCAGCAGCCCUCCUCUGGCCACUGAAUAGCUGCUUUUCUACCUUUACUGUUUUUUUUCUCUUUUUGGUGGCUUAAUUUCUAGAUUUGCUGGGAAAACACCUUUUACCUUUUCUCAAAAUAAGAUUGCUGAUUCCCAGUGGGUCUGGAGUUAGGGCUGGGGGAGAACUAGAAGAACUGAAAAUUCCCUCAGGUCUUCAAGUAGUACUACUGCUCUUAAAGAGGUUUUAUUUUUAAGUUCAUUUAUGUGCUUUGUUAACAUCCAGUUCAAUUACAGUAAUCAUGGGGGGUGUGUGGGGUGUGUGUGUGUGUGGGGUGUGUGUGUGUGUGUGUGUGUGUCGCACCUGGUACUAAGGCCAGCUUACCAAGAGAGCCAAGGAAAAAAAUGGUCAAAACAGUUUGUUGUAUGAUAUCUUUGUUUGUGUAGUGCUUUUUGUUUGUUUCUGUCUUAAUUUUAAAGGACUGAUGUUUAUUACAGUGUUAAAGGAAAAUGUAACAAACUAAGUGUUUAGGAUAAAAGUGCAAUAACAAAAGAAGUUACUUUGGAACAAACUCCAAUUCUUAUGACCUAUUUUGUGCUACACCAAGUUCUUUUCAUAACAUUGUUAUCGCAGGGCCAUAUCGUGUGUUUAUUUUUAAGAGACGCGACUGUGGGUUAAGACUUCAUUUAGUGUAAUUUUGAAUGGUCAGGUUUGGUUUUUAUAGAUUAUUCUGUAUACGUGUCAGGAUACACCAGACACCAGAUGUGCUGUAUAAUAAAGGUCACAUUAACGUUUUA